CCAAAGCAAGGAGGAGUAGCCGUGGGUGGAAGGGAGCGAGGUAUACUGGCCUGGCCGCCCCCGAUAUCGGAGCAGUUGGCCAGUACCAACACAGUAAGUAUAUAGGUUGGUGGGUAGCGUAUCUCUGCAGCAUCAGUCGCGCACCCUUGCUUGCCACCCGAGGCAGCUGCUCCGCGGUUGUUGUUGUUGUUUUUCAUUCCUUUUUCUUCUUCUGUCCGCCCACAACCGCGCGCACUUUUGUCGCAAAAACCACAGCAGCUAUGCUCGGCCAGCUCCAGGGACAGUUUGUCCUCGCUACCCUAUUCCUCGGCAUCGUUUGUGCUGGGACGCGGCCCAGCUUCGUGUCCGACAAGAUGAUUGCGACCGCGGCGAGCGUCGUCAAUGCCUGCCAGACCCAGACUGGGGUAUCCACUGCCGACAUCGAAUCGGUGAGGAACGGAGAGUGGCCGGACACGCAAGAAUUGAAGUGUUACAUGUACUGUUUGUGGGAGCAAUUUGGGCUGAUCGAUGAGAAACGGGAGCUGAGCUUGAACGGCAUGCUGACAUUUUUCCAGAGAAUGCCAGCGUACCGCAACGAGGUUCAAAAGGCAAUUAUCGAGUGCAAGGCCCUCGGUAGUUACUUCGGAGUCAACACAACCGACGAUUCCUGCGAGUAUGCGUAUUCCUUUAACAAAUGUUACGCAGAAAGAUCACCAAAAACUUACUAUCUAUUUUAAAAAUGAAGAAACAACAAUCAACAGAGAAAGUAAGAAGAAGCCGUUGGAAUUACAUUUAGAUAUUGAAUCUCAAAGUUCUAAAAAAAAUGUGUCAAUUCGCCGACUAGCACAAUCGAUAAGUUUAUGAAUGACAGGAAUUGCUGCCGUUCGUAGUGAUUGUAUAAUCAACGACUCCCAAUCGAAA